UUGCGUUGCGCAGCCCCUUUUAUUUAAAAUCGCACACCAAACCCGCGAACUACUUCCUGAAUCAGUCACGUGGUUUGGACGGCUCGCGAGGCUUCGAAUGUCAUCAACACGAACCUUGAUACGCGCUUAUCAAAAAUCCUCCUGGAUUACUCGACACACGCUUCGAAGCCUCGACACGGGAGGACACAUCACUAAGGAACAUGUCUGCUGUGCAGCUGCUGCGGGUGUCGGUACAUGAGCGGAUCAGCGCGGCCGCUGAAGACGUUCUGCUGCAGGUGGAGAAGGGAGGAGAAAAGGCCCAAGUCCCGUCGCUGAGAUCGAUGCUAACCGAGCGGCUAACGGCGGCGGCUGAGGAGAUCCUCGCGGUGCUUGAGGAAACCGUGGCAGAGUACGAAGACAGAGUGGAGCAGUCAGAGCUGGAGAUCUGCCGCCAGAGAAGGCUGCUCGAUGCCGUGAUGAAGCCCGAAGUCCGGCUGCACAGAUCAGACAUCCUGCAACUGGUGGUGAGUAAAGAAGAGGUUCCCUCUGAGCAGCAGCAGUGGAGCUCGUCUGUGGACCAGGAGGACCCAGAGCCCCCCCACAUUAAAGAGGAGCUGGAGGAACCGUGGACCUAUCAGAUGGGAGAGCCGCUUCAACACCCGGAGAAGGCUGAUAAGUUCACAUCUACUCCUGUCGCUGUGAAGAGUGAAGAAGACGAAGAGAAACCUCAUUUGACACAGCCUCAUCAGAGUCAGACUGAGGAGAACAGAGCAGACUGUGGAGGCCCAGAACCAGCCAGGAACUCAGGUCCUGAUGGACAUUUACAACCAGGUCCUGAGGACAAGACUGAAGACUCUCCUGAGACUGAAGAAUCUUCUGAAACUGAAGACAGUGAGGAUGAUUGGAUUCCAACCAGGGAACCUGGGCCUGGCUCAAAUAUAAGAAAUAACAAACAGCCUCUAAGUGAUAUGAAAGGUAAAACUGACAAGAAACCCUUUAGCUGCUCUGAGUGUGCUCAAAGAUUUAGACAUAAGAGCGCUCUUACUGAACAUAGUAGAACUCAUACAGGAGAGAAACCAUUUAGUUGCACCCAGUGUGGUAAAAGAUUUAGUCGUAAGGCCACUCUCACUAUACACAGUAGAAUUCAUACAGGAGAGAAACCAUUUAGUUGCUCUCAGUGUAAUAAGACAUUUAGUCAUAAGAGCAGCCUUACUGUGCAUAUGACAAUUCAUACAGGAGAGAAACCAUUUAGUUGCACUCAGUGUGAUAAAGUAUUUAGCCAAAGUGGCCAUUUAACUAAUCACAUGUUAAGUCAUUCAGGAGAGACACCGUUUGAUUCAGUGGUUCUCAGACUUUUUCUGUGAUGCCCCACCUGCUCCCAAGCCCCAACAAGAUGAUGACAAAAAUGGGCCAAGUUUAACAUGUGUAUUUACGUAACAUACUGUAGUAGAAAAAUUAACUAAGCAUGAUUGACAAACCAUUUUGUAUCUGGAUAGUAAGUGUUUGCAGCCUUGUUAAGAGACUUUUGACUUUUAUUUACAUACACCAAAUGUGUUAUGACUUGAGCUAUUUUAUGGUCGGAACUGUUUAUGACGUAAAUUCAGUGAGACCUUUUGCAACUUAAUAACCCAUCAAAGGAAGGAGUGUAUGUCUUAUCACCUAAAGAAACGCAUGUGAAUCAGCUGUUAUGUUUAGAUUCCUCUCCUUCCCCCACCUAUGGAACCUGUCUGGAAUGGUUCAGAGAGACAUCCCUUAGUCCUGCUAUACAAGAUCUGUGAAUUAGACUGUUCUCCAUCUUCACUCUGAGAUCCUUGUGGUUUCCCUGUGUUGAUCCUUUCUGCAGAGAGCCCCUUAUUAAAUACACGUAGAUAA